AUGUCUGAAAUUCAAAUCUUAGAGGAAACCAAGAACAACACCAGACACGAUGUCAACAAUCAUGAUAUAAGCGUCGGUACUUCAACCGAUAUCCAAAUCGAUCGUGCCAAAGAAGCCAAAGUCGUGAGAAAGCUAGACCUGUAUAUCACGCCCGUACUCUUCAUCGUCUAUCUCUCAUGUUUCAUUGACAGAGCCAACAUCGGAAAUGUGAAAGUCGCCGGCAUGCCUGAAGAAAUCGGCGCCACAAACCAGCAAUACUCAACAGCCGUCUCCCUCUUCUUCGUAACAUACGUGCCAGUCGAGGUCCCAGCCGUGCUCCUCGUCAAACGUUUCGAACCCCGCUUCGUUCUCCCAGCACUCUGCGUAAUCUGGUCUGUCACGACAGUGGCCAACGGCCUCAUUCGCAAUGUCGGUGGCCUCUAUGCGUACCGUCUAGUCCUCGGCGCCUGCGAAGGCGGUCUAUUCCCUUCUCUUAACAUGUACCUCACUAUGGUAUAUAAACGAGACGAGAUCGCAAAGCGCACGUCCUACCUCGUCUCGUGCACGGCAUUAUCCGGUGCCUUUGGGGGCCUGUUGGCGUACGAGUUGUUGCAAAUGGACGGCGUUGGUGGAUACGCUGGCUGGGAAUGGGUGUAUCUUAUCGAGGAUGCGUUUAGUGUCACAUGCGCCUUUGCUGUAUGGUUCGGAUUGCCUAGUGAUGUCCGCAAAGCGUACUUCCUCAGUGAGGAGGAGCGAGUGAUCAUGGACAUGCGGCAUCAGGAGAGGAUGGACUACAUGGGCAGCGACGAGCUGGAUUGGAACGAAGUGAAGCUCGCUGUCUUGGAUUCAAAGACUUGGCUCAGCGCAUGGACUCAAUUUUGCCAAAAUAUUCUGACAAACGGAUUCGGCACUUUUCUGCCCUCCAUUUUGCACGCUAUGGGCCAUGGCACGCUGGCUAGCAACUAUCUGACCAUACCCGUGUAUUGCCUUGGCGCGCUGGCAUUCUUCACUUUUGCGUUUCUGUCAGACAAAUUUCUUUUCGCGACCAACCUUGUGGGCGCAGUAGGCUAUGCGGUAUUGAUUGGUGUCAGCAACAAUGCUGUCAAAUACUUUGCCUGCUUCGUCUGCACUAUCGCAGUGUACAACGGCACAGGGCUGAAUCUGGCCUGGCUCAACGUCAAUACAGCGCCACAAUAUCGACGUGCCACGGUCAUUGGUAUUCAACAGACAAUCGACAAUUCAGCUGGUGCUGUGGCAGGCCAGAUAUACAGAAGUUCGCCGUAUCUUCUUGGGAAUAGUUUCUCGCUCGGAGCCAUAUUCGUGGCAGAAUGUCUGAUCAAGGAGGCUAUUCUUGCCGGGGCCGGGCCAGACAUGCGAAAGAAGCGAACAGGCGACCGAGACGUUGAAUUCAGGUACCGUCUUUGA